CCCUGUCAGGCGCGCCCACGUUGCUCCGUCUCCUUGUGCGAAAAGAUGACGAAAAAGACAGCGGCGGUCGUCCACGCUCGCUCCCCCGGCGCGCGCCUGCUCCUCCCCGCGGAGACGCCGCCUCCAUCCCCGCUGGGCGUCCACUAGACUGGCCGCCUUCGGAGCUCCGUCAGCCGGGGAGAGAAACACACAAAGAGACCUUGCACGGAGACAGUACGCGCGUUUUGGGACUCCUUCAUCGUUCUGUUUUUUUAAUUUUUAUUUUAAAUCAUCAUCCAUAUUAGCUAUUUUUGAAAUUUUAUUGUUGAUGGACACUUAAAAUGGACAGCAUGGAGAGAGAGUGCAGCGCGCUGGGGGGACUCUUCCAGAACGUCAUAGCGGACUUGAAGGGAAGUUAUCCCGUGUGGGAGGACUUUGUCAACAAAGCCAGCAAACUCCAGUCGCAGCUCAGGAGCACGGUGGUGGCAGUGGCGGCGUUCUUGGACGCCUUCCAGAAGGUGGCCGACAUGGCGACCGGCAGCCGAGGGGCGACGAGGGACAUUGGCUCAGCUCUCACCAGGAUGUGCAUGAGGCACCGCAGCAUCGAGGCUAAACUCAGACAGUUCUCCACGUUGUUUGUGGAUUGCCUGAUCAACCCCCUCCAGGAGCAGAUGGAGGAGUGGAAGAGAGUCGCCAACACUUUGGACAAGGACCAUGCCAAAGAGUACAAGAAAGCACGUCAGGAGAUCAAGAAGAGAUCUUCCGACACUCUGAAGCUGCAGAAGAAAGCCAAGAAAGCGGAUCUUUUUGGCCGCGGCGACAUCCAGCCGCAGUUGGACAACGCCAAACAGGAAGUGAGCGACAAGUACUUCCUGUUGGAGGAGGCCGAGAAGCAGGCGGUGAGGCGAGCCUUGGUGGAGGAGAGGAGUCGCUUCUGCUGCAUGGUCACCAUGCUGCGGCCUGUCGUGGAAGAGGAAAUGUCCAUGCUUGGUGAGAUCAGUCACCUUCAGACGCUGAGUGAUGACCUGAAGAUGUUGACCAUGGACCCUCAUAAGCUGCCCCCCUCCAGUGAGCAGGUGAUUGUAGACCUGAAGGCAUCAGAGUGCACCUGGUCCUAUCAGACUCCGCCCUCGUCUCCCAGUACCACCGUCUCUAGGAAGUCCAGCAUGUGCAGCAGCCUGAACAGCGUGAACAGCAGCGACUCCCGCUCCAGCGGCUCCCACUGCCACUCCCCCACCUCCCACUUCCGCUACAGGACGUCCUCGUCGUCCUCGUCGGCUCUGCCGCCGCAGACGCCAGCGCGCCUCUCCUCGGUGUCGUCCCACGACUCGGGCUUCAUCUCGCAGGACGCCUCGCAGUCCAAGUCGCCCUCGCCUAUGCCUCCUGACUUCUCGCGUGUAUCCGCGUCACGCCAGUCACCGAAACAUCUUCAGGCCUCCAAAACAUUGCAUUCCAUUCUAUGUUCUCACCUUCAGUUGUCCACUGGUUGUGAGCACCACGCUGUCUCUUGGGUGUAUGGCGGAGUGCAACAUUCCUUCCCCUCCUCAUGUUCGACCUCCCCAUCAUCCUCUUCAUCGCUCUCUCCCAUCUGGCCUUCUCAUUUGACCGACUUCCCAUCCCGCUGCUCCUCCACGAUCUCAUCUUCAGGUGGAAUCCCAUCCUGGAAGGACUGGGCCAAGCCAGGCCCUUAUGAUCAGCCCAUGAUCGGCGCCUUGAGAAGGGGCAAGGAAAGAAAGGACACUAUUGAUUCCCCAGGAGAGGUGCUACAAGGUGGAAAAAGAAGCCCCCCUGUGACAUCUUCAAAGGAGGACAGGGAGGCCCACGUGGAACUGGCUAAGGCUCUGGCUCGCAGUCUACACUUGGACUUCCACGGCUCCAGCAGAGACUCGCUGCAGGGAUCAAGCGGCUACAGCAGUCAAACUAACACACCGUGCUGCUCAGAGGACGCGGGACCCACGCAAGAUGGCGACUACUUCUCCAUGAAUCAAGAAGGCGACCGCCUCAAUCCCGACACCGACAAGUCGCCCUUGGCGCCACGGCCUGGCGACCUAUCUCAGUCCUGUCGCCGUGCGUUCCCGUCCAAGCGUCCCGCCUCAACCUGCACACCGCCUGGGCCCUCAGCAGUUGUACCGCCGGGAGUGGCCACGAUCCGCCGGACUCCGUCCUCCAAGGCCAGCCUGCGACGUCCUUCGGGGGGACCGGCUUUGGGCCCCAUACCCAUCAAGCCGCCCAUAGUCCCGGUCAAGACGCCCACUGUGCCGGACCGUGCCGGCCACCUCCCUCGGACCCCUGCCGGCCCCUUGAGCUUUACGGGAGGCUUUUCUCCUCACUCGGAUCUGGGACGGGGCUCUGAACUGGAACGGCGCCCCCUUCCGGAGCUUCUGGAGGAGACAGAACACGGAGACGGCGUGGAAGACUUCCUGGUGGCCAUCCGACGGGGCGUCAAGCUGAAGAGGACGACCACUAACGAUCGAUCGGCACCCAGAAUCCACUGAAGCGGACUGAUUUCCUGACCGCGCUUUCCAAGACUUUUCCGAAUGACCAUUUUCAACAGUGCUGCAGCAGUUUGUGUGGCAACAAUACAGACAACGCCUUCUUGCGCCAAGUGCCAAAAUUUGCUCCGGCAUUACAUUAAUCUGCUUCAAUUGACGACAAAAUGCUGGAGUUUGCCUUCGAACUGAACAUUUCGCAUGUAGUUGCUCUUUGCUUUGCGCCCGAAACAAUUCGUAGCUCGACAUAGGAAUGUUGGGUCUUUUUCUUUUUUGAGAUGUCAAGUCAGGUGGACUUUUAUAUUUAUUUUUUUUGUAUGCUGACAUGUUGAGAAUACAUUGAGUGUGUGUAUAUAUAACAGCCUGAAAGUAACAUCAUGUUAUCAUAGACAGGAAAAGAAGCAGGUUUCCAUUUUUCAAAUAAGCUACACAAGGAAGCUAGCAAUGUACAAAAUGCAAGCUAACAAUUAGCUAGGUGAGCAGUCAAGUGUCAUCAGUCAACCGUCUUGUACAUGUCAACGAUAUUCUAGUCCAAACUAAAGUGCUACAAAUCUAGAAUGUAAAAGCUCAGAAAUCAUGGGAGUGUCAAUUUACAUUUGUGUUAGCCGCUAACUGCCUUGCUGUUGUUAAGUCAAUGCUAACGUAUGUGUUCAUUUCAGCGUUUUCCCACGUAAUCUUGACAUUUGCUGAUAUGUUGUCCUUUCAAGGGCGGCUAGUUGUCCCAAAGUACAAGUCGGGUUCACGUUUCACUUCAAGUUAGCUUGACGGCUCUCUGGACUCGUGUCCGCGGUGUGGCUGAUGCGUCCGGCAGAUGAAGCUGAAUGGGACGAGCCUCCAAAAGGGUAACUUCGCAAUCGUCGCAGCCUUGUUCGAUAUGGGAAUUAAAAAACUUUGUCCGCUCC